CUCAUGCACGCACUAUUUGGGUGGUUUAAACUUUCCUUUAGCUUUGUGUCUCUAUCCUACUCAAUGUUCUUGGUGCAAUCUAUCCCACAAUGCCCUGCUAGUGAAAGUGUAUCAUAACAAAAACUUGUCUGUAAUGAAUGAGAAUUUAUGAAAAUGAUUAACUAAUGUAGUUGCAAGUAUAAUUUUUAUUAACUCUAGAUACUAAUCCUUAUAAUCAAAACUUGUAUUCGUUGCACAUUAUGUUAUUUACCAAUCUUACUUAGCUGCUGAAAUUUUCAAGUAUCUUGCAGAAAAAUAAUAGUGCUGGAGAGUUUCGUCACAGAGAAAGCCUGAGAAAAUUCUGCCAAAGGGUGUAUAUGUAUAUAUAUUAACAUCAUUGGUUUACUAAAGGGUUGAAGAGCAGUGCUUGUCUCUGGGGACAGAAUGAUUAACUGUUCUCACUCACCUAAUGAAGUGACUUCCAAUGUGUUGCUUCCUCGUUUAUGGGCUACAAUGGCUAACUUAAAUAUGACUUGUUCUAAUGGCUGUUCUGGCCAUGGAGAUUGUUAUGACGGUGUUUGCUUUUGUGAAGUGCAAUACAGUGGCGGAACUUGUAGAGAUCCUAACUUGAAUUAUUAUAUUGCUUUUUCUACCAUAUUCUACAUCAUCUGUGCAGUAUCUUUUAUACAAUUACUUCUCUGUCUCAAGUCUGAAUUCAGUCGAAUGAAACAGCGCUCUUUUUUCAAAGCAUUUAAUGUGACAACCCAAAAAACUUUAUAUAUAUUAAUCUGUAUGGCUACUGCUCUAAGAGGCUAUUAUUUUUCAUCUCCAGAUCAUGAAGCUAUGCUCUGGGCAUCUAGUUUAAUGAGUGCAUAUUACCCUAUACUGUUGUCUGGAUCAUCUUUGAUAGUGUGUUUUUGGGCAGAAGUUUUUCAUUUAAGAGAUAUGACUUAUGAUAAGCCUGGAUUUUUAAGCAAAUCUUUAUUGGGAUUCAUUCUCUUCAAUAUUAUAACUUAUUCCCUUUUACUAGCAGAAUUACUUUUACUUCAAUUUUCUGACCCAUCUGAUAUUGAAAAAAGCUUGUUUAUUAAAGUGUUUCAUGGUUGCUAUGCUAUUUUAAUGCUGGUGGUUGUUGUUUUCUUCUUGAUCUAUGGUGUUGAAGUAUAUUUCAAGGUACGAGGUCAGUUUUUACAAGGUUCUACAUCAGCUACUGAUGCAUCACAACUUCAUCAAUCUCGCAUUGGUCUAGUUUCUCAAGCAGUAUUACUUAUAUUCACUAUCCUUUUCAUUUUUUCUGACAGCCUUGGUGAUUUUUGGAAAACCAAGGUUCCUGUAAUCAGUCGAAAUUAUUAUAAUAUUGUGUUCAGAGUAGUAGAGAUGGGUGUUGCUCUUUGGUUUCCUUGUGUUUUGUGGAAUUGUAUCAGGCCUGAACAGUUGUGGAUUUUGAAUCCUCAAAGGCUUUUGAGAAAACUAGAAAUAAAAAAGCCUAUCCAUUCUGGAGGUGAGGCUGAAGCAUUAGUGUCCUGCACUAAAGAGAUAUCUAUUGUAAAGUCUGACGUAUGCAGAUCAUUAGAAAAAAUACCAGAAUGCUGGAUUUGCUAUGAUCCUGACCGACCAGAUUGUGGGCCCUUAAUUCAACCUUGUAAGUGUAGAGGAGAUGUUUCAAUUGUUCAUCAUGACUGUCUAAAACAAUGGCUAGUAGAAUCUUCUGGUCAACCGGAUGCUACCAAAUGUAAAGUCUGUAAUGAGCCUUAUGAAUUACAACAAAGCACAAUUUGGCUUCCAAGAGGCUUGACUCCCUAUCACUGGGCAAAAACUGGAGGGAUUGUUACAGUUAUGUGCAGUUCUGUUGCAGGAGCAUGCUUUUUUAUAAAAAUGUUUGAAAAUGUUGGAAUUCGCACAUUAUCUGGAGGUUCUGCUAUUCUUGUUGUUUACAUUUGUUUAAGAUUAUUAGGUUUCAAUGUUCUAAAUGGUUACCAGAGAGCAAAGUUCUCGGCUGUUAAAAUAUUGAAUCAUAAUAUGAACAAUGGUCAAUCAGAAGAUCUGUUAGCAGUUCCACAUUUUAAUCAAGCCUCUGCUACAUGUCACUUACCACCUAAUACAUGAGAGCAUAUAUAAUCAUUUUUAAAUGUUUAUGUGAUAGUUGGGUUUUCAAGUAUGGUGUAAAGAGGCAAAAUAAUGAAACAGCACUUAUUUUUCUCUGAUUAAAAUAGCCUGCUAAAAGCCUUUGGAACACUGACUAUAUAACAUACUUUAAACAUCUUAAGGCAAUAUAUACUCAGUAUUGUGUUCAAAAACAAAAUAUAUGUUGUUUUUUAUUGCUUUUUCUCUGUAUAAGUUGAAAUGAUUGUUAUUUAUUAAUACAUGCCUUUUUAUUAUAUAAUGUAUAUUUAUUUUCACAUCUUGCAAUAUUCUAAAUAAAAAAAAAAUUUCAUUGUUUUAUUCACAUUUUUGAAGUCUUUCAAUGUUGGAAGUAGUUAGGGCACAAAAUAGAUUAGCCUUUUUAUAAUGAAGCCUGUACAUAUUUUCAUUAAAUUAAUCAGAUUUACUUGUAUUAACAUUUGAUCUGUAACUGGUAUUGUAUUUUAACAUCCCAAAUUGUAAAUUUGUGAUAGGCAGGUAAUAUAUUUUCAUUAUUCACUCUGAUAAAUUAUUUUCUCUUAAGAAAAGAUCUUUACUCAGUAGACUAUUAUAUUCAUCAGAAUAUUUUUUCAGUAUCCAACUGUACUGUAGAUUUAUUUAAGUGUAUGUAUAUUAAUAUAUUGGUUAAGUUGUCUUAUGAUAUUUGACAAACGUAUUUAUUACUCAUAUUCAAAUAAAUAUAUUUAUUUUUUGUGUUCCUUACGUGAGUUACUCUGUAGGCAUUUGUCCAAGCUCUUGAAAAAUGCAAUUUUAAAGUCUCAUUAAAAAGACUGUGCAAAAGCCUUUAUUUGUGACUACUUUUUAUUCAAGCCUUUAAUGUAAAAUUUGUAAUAAGGAUUUCCUUCAAAUUUUGCAUUCCUGGUUAAAUUUUGUUGUUUUCUAGUAAAUUUUCUGAUUUCCACAACACUUAACAAAUAGCAAAAAAAAAUUGCAUUUAACUCCCUGUUAUUAAAAUAUAUCACCUUAUUGCUAGGAUUUUUAUUUUCAUAUUCUUCUAAAAAAUAAAAAUAUUGAUUCUAUCACAAACUGAUGAGGGUUCAGUUAAACUACAAGUUAAAAUAUUUUAGGUGAAUUAUUGGUGGUAGACCCUCAGUGCGAUAGAAAUUAAAACAGUUCCAUUUUUAUAAAGUUUGUAAACUUUUAGAAACUGCUCAGUUUUUGUGUACUUUUGUAAGGCUUUCAAAAGGAAUAAUUUUUUUGCCUUAUUUUUGAGGUCUUUAUUUAUUAAUGCUAAUGUGUGGAACUCACCUAUACUGAUUGCAUAAAAAUGACUACCAGGUACAUUAUACGUUUAAUACUUGUGAAGUUCUUUAAUAUGACAGAGUACUGAGUCACUAAUUGUUGGUACAGUUGUAUGUAACUCAUUUUUGUUACAAAUUGUUGACUAAUAGAACCUUUAAUACUAAUUCUAGCAAUGAAACUUUCUUCGGUGUAAUAUGUGGUGUAUCUGAGGGAAAACAUUUUUAUUUGGCUAAUCUGUAAUAUUUUUUAACUGAAGAAUAUUCUGAUUUGUUGUAUGUAUAUGGUUUUAAUAGUUUUUUAAAAAAUACAACCUUUGUGAAACCUAUUUUAAGAACAAUUGCAUAUUAACUAUAAUCUUUGCAAUGAAGCAAACUCUUAAGUUUUAUUGCUUUUGUUUGAAAAUUAUAUGUUAGUCAGCAGUUUUUAUGUGGAUGUUAUUUCUAUUUUGAAAGUCCUUUCAAUGUAUCACCUUUCUACAAGCAUCUAAACAAAGCAGGGUUUUAUCAUCAUAAUAAAAUUCCCUGGUAAAUGUGCCAUUGGUUGCAAAUUUCAAUUUGAAGGCAUUAAACCACCUUUAUUUAACCAAAAUAAAUAAAUUAAUUCAAGGUUAACAAGAAAUAACCAUCCUAACCUUAGAAGGGAGGCAUUGAGGUUCAAUCAAAAUGUGAUUGACAAAUUCAUCAAAAUAGCACAAAUGUGAAAAAAAAAGCCAGGGAGAGCUUUAAUCAAACAUAGAUGAUUGCAAAAAAAAUGAAUGAAAAAUGUGUAUUUCAAAUUUAAAUUUUCUUAGAAAUGUUUUGUAUUUGUUGAGCAUUUAAGAAAUUUUUCAAUUUCUUCAUUUUACUUCUUAUUUCUUCAUUCAUUGGCAAUAAUUUUUAACAUAAGAUUUUCACCAAAGAGCAAUUUCUAUAUGUUGUUAUUUUUAGACGUAAUGUAAAUGUGAGUAAAUAUGCCUAGAUCCUUUAGGCAAGAAACACAUAGCAUUUAAAAUUCAUGUGUCAAGAUAACAAAAGAUUUUUCACCUUGUUUUCUACAAACUUGUUAUAUUGCCCAGUGAUAUCUGUUUCAGUAUUUAGUUUUUAUUGCAUAACAUAAAUAAGCACUAAUACUACUAGAAAGAUAUAUGCAUCUAUCACUUCUGCAAAAAUAAUGCAAUGAGCAAGACUAGUAAUUAUAAGUUUAAAUUUAUUAUGUAAAUUUAAACUUAUAAUUACUUUACUCAUUGCAUUAAUAGAGUAGAUAAAAAAAAGUAUUCUUUGCUUUUCAAUGAAUUGUUCCCACAAAAUGUUUCUUAAUAUUAUUCUUAAGACAUGUGAGAUUGCAAUGUUUCCCUAACUCUAACCACUGCUAAUUAUUUUUUGUUGAAUCAAUAAAAAUGGAUUCUAAUUACAGAUUUUCACUUAAGUUCAAUCAACAUCAAUCAUCUCAUUUUGAUCAAAUUAAAAUAGUUAAUUUUUUCCCUCGGGAAAAAAAUAAAUUUAGGUUUAAAAUUAUUAAAUUAUGUUAAAACAAAUAAUUACAUAAGCAAUAAUAGUUAUAAUUUUGCCAUGAAAUGGAUUUCAACUAUCACAAUAAAUAAGGAGUGAAGGUAAAAGUAGUAGAGAGCCUUUCAUGACAUUUUCCUGCAGCAAACCUUGUAUGUCUCGUUGGCACUUGUCAGUUUUUCUUCCAUAUAAUCUCUAAGAGAACUCUAGUAAUUGUUUUCUUAAAAAAUUAAGAUUAAAAUAGUCUGUGUAGUCACAUAUUAAAUGAUAUUCCCCAAGAAAAGGAGCAAGUGUAAACUAGAAAUACCAAAAUAGACAAAACAUGACCUCUAGGAGAAUUCACUCCGUUUCCUUUUUGGUUGCAACAUAAAUGAAUGAGUGAUUAAAAAAAACUUAUUCCACUAAAGUUUGUUUCUGGAAAAUAAAAAUAAAAACGUGUUUUUCUAUGAAACUUAAAUUUUGAAAAAAAUAUUUUUAUUAGUCAGUUGAUUGUUUGACAAAGUACAUCUAAUUGUAACUAUAAGUACAAAAAUCCUUUAUGUAUUAAAUAACUAAAUAUUAAUAUUUAAAAGUAUAUUAAUGUUAUAUUUAUUUGACUAAAUUCAAAUGUGGCUAAACAUAACCAUAAAAGACAUAUAAAAAUCUUUUAUUUUAUGAUGAAAUAAUUUAUAAAAUUUUUUGCCUUCUAAUUUUGGAUCACUGGUUUCUUCAUUUGAAGUAAAGCAUAUUAGUUUGAAUUUCUGUACAUAAAAAUUCUUCACCUUUGCAUACAGCUACAAAAACUAUAACAAUAGAAUGCAGUAAAUUUGAGGGUGAAUUAUUGACUCACCAAUUAAUAAGAACUCUAAAUUAAAAGCUUUUAAUUAUGCAAUUAGACACCAAAUUUGUGUAGCGUGAUUUUUUCAAAUUACAGGUUAAAUUCAGAUAUAAUUUAUGACAUGUUCUUAAUUAUAUACCUAAAGGUAAGCUGUAGGUAAUACAUGCUAUAUUACAACAUUUAUUAUUUCUUUGUAUUUAAGUAAAGUUAUAAAUGCUUUAAUUUUGAGGCAAAUUUAAUUAUAUUUUGGAUGAAUGGCUAAAAAGUCCACAUAAUUCUUGAUAGGCUUUUUAGAUAUUUACUUAGUUUAUUGGAGCUAUGUGUAAGCACGAUUUUGUAGUUGAGAAUAAAUUCUAUUAUCUUCAAACCCAUUUCUAUUUUUCUAGUACAGACAAAAUUUAGUUUUAAAUAGUUUCUUAACAUAAAUUUAAUUGACGUUGGCACAGCAAGUUAUUGCUAGAUUAAUUUUUUGGCACUCUCACAAGUGGUCAAAUUUCUAAAACUGCUUCUUUUGCUUCAAAUAACAUUUUAAACAAAAUUCUGUGGAGAUUAGAUUUCGUGCUUGAACUUAUAGAACCUUUAAAAAGAUCAAUAAAAUACAAUCAGUGUUCAAUAUUACACUAGUCGCCCAAAGGAAAACAAAUAGUAUAAUGUGAAGUCUUUAUCAGGGGUAAGAUAAAAAAAAAUAUUAACUAAAGAACUAUUGCAUGAAGAAAUAAUAAUAAUCUUGGAUGACUGACACAAAUACUGCAAAUCUUUAACUUAAACAUAAACCUCAAAAGUGGUAUUUUGAAGUAAAAAAAAAAGUUUUGAUAAAUUUGUUUAUAAAGAAAUGCACAAAAAUUACCUUUUUUUUUAUUGUAUUAAAUGUGUAAGAUCCAUGCAGAUUUUCACAGGUCUAUCUUUUAAUUUUGUAAAAUUAUCAAUAUUCUCAAUAAAACCAUAUUUGUUUUGGAAGUGCAGUUUUUUUCUUUUGGGAGAGGCAUCAAAAUUUUGGAUGCUAAUUGGGACUGAACUGAUCAGUUUAAAUGUUUUAAUUGGUGUCAAAAAUAACAUUUGCAUGUAUGAAAUUAAUUGCUUGUUUUAAAUAGUUCUUAAAUUUAACUGCAAUUUUUGUUUUCGUUUGGUUUAAUUUUAAGUAGUAUAGAAAUCAUUUAUCACAUUUUAAUACCUGUACUUAGUGCUUAUCAGAAUUCAAAGUAGUUUAAAGAUUAAAAAAAUAGUAUAUGUGACUAUUUUAUUUUAAAGAAUGGUUUGUUUCUAUUGUAAAACAGUUAAUGUGUUGUAAAGGAGUUUUUUCGAUAAAUGUUUAUGUGAAUAUGAAAAUGUAGAAAAUCUUGUUUUUUAUUUCUUUUAGAGACAAGAAGUCGCAUUGUUCUUAUUUAUAAUAAUUUGGUUUUGUGCAUUUGUUCUGUCUAGUAUUUUUAAAAGGGAGGGAAUAUACAUUAUUUUUUUUAAGUAGAUUUAGCAGAAUUCAUUUUAAAAAAAUGAAUAGAAGCAAUUCAUUUUUUAAUUUAUAAUAUAUCAGUUAAAUUGAAUAUUUUGAAAAGAAAUUACUUGUUGAAAUUAGUGCUUUAAAAUAGAAAUAUUUUGUUGUAUAGCUAAUUUUCAUACAGCUUAUGUCUGUCAAUUUGUCUAUGUUAUAUGUUAUAAAAAAAAUAUAGAAAUUUAUUGAGGUGAUUUGGGAAUUACAAAUAUUGUUUUAGAAUAUGAAUGUUGUGUAUUAUAUUUGUUUCUUCCAUUAAUAAUCUGCUUCAAAAUUUUCCAAGUCUAAGAAUAAACAAUAUUAUUUAUUAAAAAAAA